AAAAUCCAAAUAUUUUUAAUUCUUAGUUUAUUUUGCAUUUCCUUGUUAAAAAGUGGUUAAUUAUGAUUAAUAUUAGAACAUGAUAUCGUAAAUAAUAUAUAUAUUCAAGAUAUAUAGUUGAGAAUUGUGAAAUAUGAGUAGUAAACGCCGUCGCGCGUCGUCGGUGGCUAGCCGCGGCGCGGAUGCCGACGAUAGUGAUGAUGGGAUGGAACAGAACCCUGGACCUCCACCAUCCAGAAAGAAAAAGAAGCUGGAGCCGAGUGAAAUAUGUCAGCAGUUAUAUGACAUAAUACGGUCAUACAAGAAGGACGAUGGAACUCUACUGUGUGACUCGUUCAUUAGGGCUCCAAAGAGACGACAGGAACCUCAGUAUUAUGAAGUUGUCUCUCAACCUAUAGACUUGCUGAGAGUACAACAAAAACUGAAAACUGAUACUUAUGAAGACAUAGAAGAACUUUCCGCUGAUAUUGAGCUGCUAGUGAACAAUGCUAAAGCAUUUUAUAAACCAGAAUCAGAAGAGUACAAGGAUGCUAUUGAGCUGUGGAAGCUGUACACUAAAAAUAGGCAGACAUUGGAGAAUGGUGAGGAAGUGAAGACUCCAAAGAUAACUCGUACAGGCUCAUCCAGUCGGAGGUCUGAUAUUGCAGAGGACAUGUCCGACUCAACCAACAAUGAGGAGGAGAGUGUAUACGAGGAGCUGUUCAACGCUGUUAUGACUGCAAAUGUAGACGGUAGAUCAAUUUAUACAGCAUUCCAAUUCCUACCUUCGAGACGUCGCUACCCAGAGUAUUAUGAUCUCAUAGAAUCUCCGAUAGACUUGAAGAUCAUAGCUCAGAAGAUUCAAGGGGGAGAGUAUACCAGUCUUAAUGAGUUGGAGAAGGAUUUAUUGCUUAUGGUCAGAAAUGCUUGUCAUUUUAAUGUGCCUGGCAGUCAGAUUUAUAAAGAUGCAAAGGUGUUGAAGAAGGUGAUAAUGAAUCGUCGCGUGGAGCUGGAGCAGCACGGGCGCGGGAAGGCGUCAGAGCGGAUCCGGAGUCGGCGCCCUAGGGCGGCGGUGCCGGCGCCCACUAGCCGCGUGCUCGCCAUCAUGGAGCCCCCGCCCUCCGACACCGAGCCCGAGCUCAAGCACUCGGAAGACAGCGAGAGCGAUGAAGAGAAGAUCAAUGAAGAUUCCCCGCAGUGGAAGCUGUUUGAGGCCGUCAGAAAUCAUUUGGCACCAAAUGGUAAUCCCAUGGCCAAACCGUUCUGGAAGCUUCCAUCGCGUCGCGAGUACCCCGACUACUACAAAGAAAUCAAGAAUCCCAUGUCACUGAACCAGAUCAAGAACAAAAUACGCCGGGGCAACUACGGAACGUUGUCGGAAGUGGCGGGGGACAUGAACAUUAUGUUUGAGAACGCUAAACGCUAUAACGUGCAUACUUCACGCCUGUACAAGGACGCUGUGAAGUUGCAGAGACUUAUGCAGCAGAGAGUUCAAGAGCUACUAGACAUUGUUCAGAGUUCCUCUAGUGAUGAUGAGAGCCUUUCAUCUGUGAAGAGUGCAGCACAAAAUACUCCCAGGCCAAGAGGUAGACCAAGAGUGAACCCGCUACCAGCCUCAGCGACUCCCACUCCAACUAUCAAAGUGAACCUGCCACUCAAGAAGAAGCUGCAUCAUGUGGCCAAGCAGCUGCUAGAGUUCACCUGCUCCGAUGGCAGACAACCCAUGCUGUUGUUCAUGGAGAAGCCCAGCAAGAAACUCUAUCCGGGAUACUACAAUGUCAUUGACAGACCGAUCGACAUGAUCGCUAUUGAGAAUAAUAUUAAGAACGACCGCUACAGCAGCUUGGAAGAGAUGGUAGCAGAUUUCAAGCUGAUGUUCUCAAACUGUCGCCAAUUUAAUGAAGAGGGCUCUAUGAUAUACGACGACGCUAAUCUCCUAGAGAGAGUCUUGAAUGAGAAACUCAAAGAGGUACAGGGUUAUAAUGUUGAGAAGAAAACACCAUUGAAGACGUUCAAAGCGGCGAAGAACAGACAGAUGUCACCGUUUGAACAGAAAUUACGGACUUUGUACGACGCUAUCAGAGAUUAUAGGGAUCCUAAAGCACAUCGUCAGCUAGCACUCAUCUUCAUGAAGCUACCGAGCAAGACUGAAUACCCCGACUACUAUGAACUGAUCAAAAACCCCAUCGACAUGGAGAAAAUAGCCCACAAGUUGAAGAGUGGCUCGUACAAUAGUGUGAACGAGCUCGCUUCGGACUUCAUACUGAUGUUUGACAACGCUUGUAAAUAUAACGAGCCCGACUCACAGAUAUAUAAAGAUGCAUUGAUACUGCAGAGAGUUUGCUUACAGACUAAACAGGGAUUGAGAGAGAACGACGACGAAGUCCCGGAUGUGCCGGCGGCGGUGCAAGAUCUUCUGUUGAAUCUGUUCACCACCGUCUACAAUCACCAAGAUGAGGAGGGCAGAUGCUACAGUGACAGUAUGGCCGAGCUGGCGGAGCACGACGAGGGGGCGGGCGGCGCGCGCGUGCGGGCGAUAUCCCUCGACCUGAUCAAGCGGCGCCUGGACCGUGGCCUGUACCGCCGCCUCGACCACUUCCAGCAGGACAUGUUCGCCGUGUUCGAGCGGGCCCGUCGUCUCUCGCGCACGGACAGUCAAAUCUUCGAGGAUUCAGUCGAGCUGCAGACAUACUAUACUCAGCAACGCGACUUGUUAUGCCGUAACACUCUCUCAUCACCGGCUCUGUCCUUCACCACCGAUCACAUCACCACCAGCGUGGAGCUGGUGAAGCAGUGCAAGCUGCUGCAGGAGAAUGAUGAUGAGGAGGAGACCAGGUCGAGCACGGAAGAGUCGAUGCAAGGAGGCGGGGCUCCGGCGCAGUCGCAAUACGGCAAGGGCGACUUCGUGUACGUCGCCCCAGAUCGCGGACAUAAGGAGCCGCAGGUGGUGCAAGUUGAGCGAGUGUGGACCAACGCGGACGGCGCUCACAUGGUCUACGUCAACGUCUACUACAGGCCGCAAGAGACUUUCCACGUGCGCACGCGCAAGUUCCUCCAGCAGGAGAUAUUCAAGACGGAGACGCACCGCAACGUGCCGCUCGACGCCAUCGUCGGACGAUGCUACGUCAUGAACGUCAAAGAGUACUUCAAGUUUAGACCUGAGGGUUAUGCUGACAAGGACGUAUACGUGUGCGAGAGCCGAUACAACACCAAGCACCGCUGGUUCAAGAAGAUCAAAGUGUGGGAGGGAGCCGAGAAGGAGGCCACGCUUGUGCCCAGAGAGGUGCCGCUAGAGCCCAACCGCACCGUGUCGGUGUUCCGCGAACGAGUCGAGAAACACAAGGACGAGUUGGCCGAACUAGAAGUGCUGGAAAAUGUACAGGAGAAGGAGCGACCGGAUGUGGUUAUGUACAACCCUCUCGGCACUGACGACGAGAACACGUACUACGAGCAGUACAACACGGGCUGCUCCGGCGUUAUCAAGACCGGCGACUACGUGUACGUGGUGACGCGCGGCGGCAACCAGGUCAUCGCGCAGGUCGACACCAUCUGGGAGACGGGCGACAACAAGUGUUACUUCAAGGGGCCCUUUUUGAUCUUCCCAUCUGAAGUAUCGAACGUUAUUAGCAAGCCGUUCUACAAGCAGGAAGUAUUGCUGACGACAAUGCACGACACGAGCCCACUGGUGGGCAUCGUGGGCAAAUGCGCCGUACUCGACUACGAUGACUAUUUGAAAUGCCGUCCUACUGAGAUAGCGGAAGGUGACGUGUACGUCUGCGAAGCGGUCUACGAUGAGUCGAACCGCGUGGCGCGCAAACUGAAGGCUGGCCUCCGGAAGUUCGAGCAUACUAAGGACGUCACCGUAGACGAGAUCUACUACUUCCCGAAGCCGCUGGGUCCGCCCGCGCUGGCGUCGGCGGCGGACGUGCACACAGCGACAGUAUUCAACCAGAAGCAAGCGUUCAACCCCACGGUCAACGCUGAUUCUAUGGACAGCAAGCCGCAGUUCACGAAUCUCAUCAACACGACAAUCGGCAGUCAGGACGUGGAGAUGAUUUUAGAGAAUUCUCUCGACGACUCCUCGCUCGCCUCACCCGCCACGCCGCUAUCUAUAGGCGGCAACAGCAACCCAUACAACCCGUCAAUGAACGCGUCGACGAGCCAGGACCGAGUGUCCACGCCCGCAGCUAAAAAGAAGAAGGAGUCCAAACAGAAGAUAGUGACGGGCUACAUACUGUACUCCAGCGAGAUACGCAAAGCGAUCGUGGCUAACAACCCUGAGGCUACUUUCGGUGAAAUAUCCCGCAUCGUCGGCAACGAGUGGCGCUCUCUACCGGCGGCCACCAAGCAGAGCUGGGAGGAGCGCGCCGCGCGCUGCAACGAGGAGACCGCCGCGCGACUCGCCGACGAGAUGAGGGAGCUGACGCAGCACACGGCGAUGGAGAACACGUUCGAGUGCGCGUGGGAGAACUGCGACUUCCAGUUCGAGGACAUCGGCGACUGCAUGGAGCACUGCAUCGGGGACGGUGGUAACAGCUCAUCAUCUACGGGCCACGUGCAGCAGUACUACCGCACUGUCGCCGCCGACACGAAGGAGUACCCGUGUUUGUGGCGCAGCUGCGCCCGCGUACGCAAGGGCCAGGCGCCCUUCCCCAACCUGCCGCGCCUGCUGCGCCAUGUCCGAGACCUGCACGUCAACAAGGGCAACGGCCGCAUGAUGGCGCUGCACGAGCGCUCGCGUAACUUCAUGCCGUCUUCCAAGAAGCCGACCAAGUUGUUGACACCCGCGUUCCGCUCUGGCAUCUUGUCUCCGGGAGCGUCAGCAGCGGCCGCGUUGGGCGGGUCAGUCCGCAACUCGCCGUCGCCUGGCGACGCGGCGCUCGCGCCCGCGCGUCCCGCCCCCGACCCGCUGUUCGUGCCCGCACCGCCGCGCGCUCAGCGACUUACGCACUCAGAGGCUUAUAUCAGGUACAUUGAGGGCCUGCACUCGGAGCAAAAAUACAUUACUCCGUGGGAGAAGACACUCACUCCGAUGCCCAUCAACCCUGACCCAACCAACUUCAAUCUCCACAAGCUGCCUGCUCACUGGAUGACCGAGGAGGCCAUAACCGGCUACCUCCAUCAGGACAAGAACCUAACGGAGAUGGACAUCCAGAAAAUGGACCAAAACACAAAGAUACUGAAAGGCCUAUGUGCCCUCCGUGACUAUAUGAUGAGGGAUGCAUAUGCUAUAUACAAGAGUUAUAAUUAGUUUUUUUUUACAUGUUUAUCGCAAAAACAAAAGGUUAUAGGUAAGAAUACACUUUUUUGAUAUA